CCAUUUAGAAGGAUGUUAAUGGUCAUGAGGGACAUGCCAUGGAGUUUUGAAACAUGUGGCUACUAGCGGGCCCUCUAAAGCUAGAUACGUCUCGGCCAUUCAAGCCUUUCAUCCAUUUUAGGUUUUGCACACCCCCAUCCAACUCCGCCCUUCGCCACCAUCAAUUCUUCCCAUUGACGCUUCUCUCGGCUGCACUUUUCAACUUCAAACGUUUUGCACAAAAAAUGAAGAUCUUCAACUGGGUGCACCGCAAGUUAAAUUAUAAAGGAAUUAGUGGUAAUGAGAAACAAAAUGCCAAAGACACUGAUAAAGACAUCCUACUUGAAGACAUUGCACUUAGUGAUAUGCUCGAUGGUUGGAAAGGAGGAAUACUAACAAUUGGAACAUUUGGAUUCGAUCGGAUUAAUAUUGAAGAAAAAGAGUAUCUACAUAGGGAUGAGAAUGAGGAUGAGGAAGAUGAAAGUAACGUGACUGACGAAUCAGAAGAAGACGACGACGAGGACCAAGAGUCGAACCCAUUGAUGCAUGCAGCUUAUUCACAUGAGGUUGAGGGUUCAACCUGUAAUAAUGCUGCAGAGGACACAAUUAAUGGCAUCAUUGAUUCAGAUUUCGAUAUGAAGAACAUGAAGAAAGAGAGAAUUACACUUGCAGAUUUGUUCUAUGCUGAUUGUGAUGAACAGGAAAAGUACAAGAAAAGUAAGGGAAAAUUAUUCGAGCCAGAAUACAGUAAGAAAUUAUCUGCUCCAGAAGCAAAUUAUAAGCAGGGACGUACUUUCGCCAAGAAAGUUGUCCCACGAGUUGUAGAAGAUUCUCGUCCUAUCAAAAAACUGCACCAACUGAUGACAAGAAUGUUGAAGAGAAAGAUUCAUCCAGACAUCGGAGUAAAGAUUAAUACGGACAAAAAUCAGAAUACUAAAACUAAAGUUGCCUAUAAAGAUGGCAAAAUCUAUGAAUCCAUUUCACUUCUUCAAUCUCAAGACGUCAACAUGUAACGAUAUUAGUAAUAUUGACGGGAUGUUGUGAAUCGAUUCUCUCUCUCCUUCCUCCAAUGAGAAUGAAUCAUUAUUAAGUAAUGUAAUAUUUGGCUUCUUAAGUAUUAUUGUUUUCCAAAUUAUUUAUAUGUACCAACACUAGAUUAUGUGAAUGUGCUUUGCCUUUA